AAGACGUUUGCUUGUGACCCCCAGCCGAGGGCUCAUAAAAGUUGGUAAGCAGAAGUGGUGGCUGGCGCCUCCUUCCGUUGCCCACUUCCAUCCUUCUGAACUCCUGGUUCCCACCGAGGAAGCCAUCCUGCUGAAGCCUGUCUCUAGGGAGUUUCCUUUUGUUUCUCCAAGAUUAACCGGUUCUGUCCCCGUGGAAGUAGCAGGCAACCAUAGAAAGAGAGACUCUUCUGGGCUUUUGGUGUUUUUCCAAGGAGUGUUUUUCUCCCCCAGUUCCUCGCUGGUAGUGAAGCUGCUUUCCUGCAGAGCCUUCUUUUUCUGAUGGGAUGCUGAUUCUGAUGCCGUCUAGCAGCUUCCGGUAGCGGUCAGCUGUUGAGGCCUAGUGAAAAAUAAUCAAAUGCAAUCAUGUUUUGCAGUAAAAAGAAAUCGCUUGAAGUGGAACGGAUUGUAAAAGCCAAUGACCGUGAACAUAAUGAAAAGUUCCAGUACGCAGAUAAUCGUAUCCACACAUCCAAGUACAACAUUCUCACCUUCUUGCCAAUUAAUUUAUUUGAACAGUUCCAAAGAGUGGCAAAUGCCUAUUUCCUUUUCCUUCUGAUUUUACAGCUGAUUCCAGAAAUCUCCUCCCUGACCUGGUUCACCACCAUUGUGCCUUUGGUACUGGUGAUAACUAUGACAGCUGUCAAAGAUGCCACAGAUGACUAUUUUCGCCACAGGAGUGAUAAUCAAGUGAAUAACCGGCAAUCGGAAGUACUCAUCGACAGCAAAUUGCAGAAUGAAAAAUGGAUGAAUGUCAAAGUAGGAGACAUCAUUAAAUUAGAAAAUAACCAAUUUGUUGCUGCUGACCUGCUGCUUCUGUCAAGCAGUGAGCCACAUGGCCUCUGUUACAUUGAAACUGCUGAGCUUGAUGGGGAAACAAACCUUAAAGUCCGCCAUGCGCUAUCAGUUACCUCAGAACUUGGAGCAGAUAUUAGCCGACUUGCAAAGUUUGAUGGGAUUGUUGUCUGCGAGGCGCCCAACAACAAAUUGGAUAAGUUCAUGGGCACGCUCUCUUGGAAGGGCGGCAAACACUCGCUCAACAACGAGAAGAUCAUCUUGAGGGGCUGUGUCCUGAGAAACACCAGCUGGUGCUUUGGAAUGGUUGUUUUUGCAGGUCCUGAUACUAAAUUAAUGCAGAACAGUGGUAAGACAAAUUUUAAGAGGACAAGCAUUGAUAGAUUGAUGAAUACUCUAGUAAUAUGGAUUUUUGGGUUUCUGGUGUGCUUGGGAAUUAUUCUCGCAAUAGGAAAUUCAAUCUGGGAGAAUCAAAUUGGGGGCCAAUUCAGAACUUUCCUCUUUUUGAAUGAAGGAGAGAAGAACUCUGUGUUCUCAGGAUUCCUAACAUUCUGGUCAUACAUUAUUAUUCUUAAUACAGUUGUACCCAUUUCAUUAUACGUGAGCGUGGAAGUCAUUCGCCUGGGACACAGUUACUUUAUAAACUGGGAUCGGAAGAUGUAUUACUCUGGAAAAGCUACACCUGCUGAAGCUCGGACAACCACGCUCAAUGAGGAACUGGGCCAGAUUGAAUAUAUUUUCUCCGACAAAACAGGCACUCUCACUCAAAACAUCAUGACUUUUAAUAAGUGUUCCAUUAACGGGAGAAUCUAUGUUUUUGUUUUGUCAGGUGAAGUACCUGAUGACCUGGGUCCGAAGACAGACAUAACUAAGAAAAAAGAGCCUGUGGAUUUCUCAGUCAACCCCCAAGCAGAUAGAACAUUUCAGUUCUUUGACCACCGUCUGAUGGAAUCCAUUAAACUGGGUGAUCCCAAAGUGCAUGAAUUCCUUAGGUUACUUGCUCUCUGCCACACUGUAAUGUCAGAGGAAAAUAGUGCAGGACAGCUGAUUUACCAAGUUCAGUCACCUGAUGAAGGGGCUCUAGUCACUGCUGCAAGAAAGUUGGGAUUCAUUUUUAAGUCUCGGACCCCAGAGACAAUAACAAUAGAAGAAUUGGGGACAUUAGUUACUUAUCAAUUGCUUGCCUUUUUGGAUUUCAAUAAUAUCAGAAAAAGGAUGUCUGUCAUAGUUCGAAACCCAGAAGGACAGAUAAAGCUUUAUUCCAAAGGCGCAGACACUAUUCUGUUUGAAAAACUCCACCCAUCCAAUGAAGACCUUCUGGCUUUGACUUCAGACCAUCUCAAUGAAUUUGCAGGGGAAGGCCUUCGAACUUUGGCCAUUGCGUACAGAGAUCUGGAUGACAAGUACUUUAAAGAGUGGCAGAAGAUGCUUGAAGAUGCAAAUGCUGCCACAGAUGAGAGAGAUGAACGGGUGGCUGGGCUGUAUGAAGAAAUCGAAAGGGAUUUGAUGCUACUAGGUGCUACUGCUGUAGAAGAUAAGCUACAAGAUGGUGUUAUUGAAACUAUUACAAGUUUAUCAUUAGCCAAUAUCAAGAUCUGGGUCCUAACAGGAGACAAACAAGAAACUGCCAUCAACAUUGGCUAUGCCUGCCACAUGCUGACUGAUGACAUGAAUGAUGUAUUCAUUAUAACAGGCAACACGGCAGUAGAAGUCAGAGAACAACUCAGGAAAGCGAAGGAAAAUUUAUAUGGACAAAACAGAAGUUUUUCCAAUGGCCAUGCAGUUUUUGAAAAAAAACAGCAGCUGGAGCUGGACUCAGUUCUUGAAGAAACUGUAACAGGAGAUUAUGCCUUAAUCAUAAAUGGCCACAGUUUGGCGCAUGCCCUGGAAAGUGAUGUGAAGGACGAUCUUUUAGAACUCGCCUGCCUGUGCAAAGCUGUGGUUUGCUGCCGAGUCACCCCACUCCAGAAAGCCCAAGUAGUAGAGCUGGUGAAGAAGCACAGAAAUGCUGUCACUUUGGCCAUUGGGGAUGGAGCCAAUGAUGUCAGCAUGAUCAAAAGUGCUCACAUUGGUGUUGGCAUCAGCGGCCAGGAAGGACUGCAGGCAGUCUUGGCCAGUGAUUAUUCAUUUGCACAAUUUAGAUACCUCCAAAGACUUCUCCUUGUUCACGGAAGAUGGUCCUAUUUCCGAAUGUGCAAAUUCUUAUGCUAUUUUUUCUAUAAGAAUUUUGCAUUCACACUUGUGCAUUUCUGGUUUGGUUUCUUCUGUGGUUUCUCAGCCCAGACUGUUUAUGACCAGUGGUUCAUUACCCUUUUUAACAUUGUCUACACUUCACUGCCUGUUUUAGCCAUGGGGAUUUUUGACCAGGAUGUGAGUGACCAGAACAGCGUGGACUAUCCCCAGCUCUACGAACCCGGACAACUGAAUCUUCUCUUUAACAAGCGUAAAUUUUUCAUCUGCAUGGCACAUGGAAUCUACACCUCAUUAGCCCUCUUCUUCAUCCCCUAUGGGGCCUUUUACGACUUGGCCGGAGGAGAUGGGCAGCACAUUGCCGACUACCAGUCUUUUGCAGUUACCAUGGCCACAUCUUUGGUGAUUGUGGUCAGUGUACAGAUAGCCUUGGAUACCAGUUACUGGACUGUCAUUAAUCAUGUCUUCAUCUGGGGCAGCCUAGCCACGUAUUUCUCCAUUUUAUUUGCAAUGCACAGUAAUGGCAUCUUUAGCAUUUUCCCAAACCAGUUUCCAUUUGUUGGAAAUGCACGACAUUCCAUGACUCAGAAGUGCAUCUGGCUUGUUAUUCUCUUAACAACAGUGGCCACAGUUAUGCCUGUGGUGGCAUUCAGAUUUUUGAAGGUGGAUGUCUUCCCUACCCUGAAUGACCAGAUCCGCCGGUGGCAGAAGGCUCAAAAGAAGACAAGGCCCCUCCGCAGCCGAAGGCCUCACACUCGUAGAUCAAGCUCAAGAAGGUCUGGAUAUGCUUUUGCUCACCAAGAGGGCUAUGGAGAACUUAUCACAUCUGGAAAAAACAUGCGAGCUAAAAAUCCACCCCCAACAUCAGGGUUGGAAAAGCCACUGUAUAACAGCACAAGCUGGAUUGAAAAUUUGUGUAAGAAAACCACAGACACAGUGAGCAGUUUUAGCCAGGAGAAAACAGUGAAACUGUGAGGCAAGAUAGAUUUGAACCACAAAGUUAUCUUUCAGCUGGAGCUGAAAUUUAGCAGACUCUGGAGUUUGGCAUCAGGGGUGAGGGGUGGGGCAGAGUGCCUCAAUUUAAUUCUGUAGCAGUGCCACCGCCCAUGCAGUAGGGGUGUACUCUAUGGGAAACCAGGCCAGAUGGCUACUGUCUGAUUUGUGAUUUGGUGGACAAAGCCCUCACGAUACAAGCACAGGUUUUUAUCAACCUAGAUACCAAAUGACCUGAACCUUAUAAUCUCAUUUAUGGAGAAAAACUUACAAAUCUUCAUAUACAUUGACUGGAUUUUCAGGUGGAUGAAAGGGUUCAUAUCCCAACUGAAAAGUUUGCUUAUUGAAAGAUGAACACAUUAUGUAAGAUCAGCCUUUCCCAAGAGGCACUUUGAAGAUUUAACAUGGGUAUUAAGGUACUUUCAGACUAAGAGCAGUUGGUCACUCUCCAGUCUUCAUAUCCACUUGUGUGUUCAGCUAGGAGAACAAAUCACCUUCAUGCCUGAAGAACUGAAAAACAUGUUGUGUUCCUUAUUUUCCUGCUAGUCUAGAGACAAAGUACAUUGAGCAUCUUUACAGUGGGAUAAGCUGGUAAUUUGGUCAAAUGUUUUCAAAAAGCUCUCAGGGACAUGUUCACAAAACAUCAAAGAGAGGCCCUCUAGUAAGUUUUCUAAACACUUUUGAGUGACUUUAUAACAACCUCAGUAGUAAUUUUGCCCUGCAGCAUCCAGAACCAUUAAUGGAAUCUGCAAAGCUUUGGAAUUCCACCCUAAUGAUUGUAUUUCACAUAGCGUCUAGGCAAAUACUUCCAACAUUUCCAAUCUUUAAAAGUUCAAAUUCGAAACCAAACAAAUUAAGGAGCAAUCUCUUCAAUUACUAUUCCAAUGCUCAGGCCCAGGUUAUUCAGAGUUAGUUGCUUUUGAUAUUCAGCUGUUAUGUUUGUAAUUCAAACAUAUAAACAUAUGUAGGUGAAGUUGAUGUUCUGGAGAUGUUCCGGUCCAAGUCUUCUGUCCACGUGUGAGUUCCCAGCAUAGUUCCCAUAAAAGAAUUCCGGCAGAUUUGUGUUCGGACCCCAGCUCUACCACUUCUUACCUCUGUGAACUCGGGCAGGUAAUGGGCAUUAUCUGGACUUAGUUUCUCCCUCUGUAAAACGAGGAUAUCCUAACUACCUCACGUGGUUAUUUGAGGAUUGCCAAAGUGAAAAUUCUCAAAUCAUUAAAAACAUAAUUCUCAUAUGAAUAGAUGGUGAGUUAAAUUCCAUUUAACUCAUCAGAAUAACAGAUAUUUGAAGAGAAUGUGAAGAACUGGAAUUUAAGUAAUCAAUGGAGAGGUCUUGAUGAAAUGAGAUUGCAAAGUAAGAUAUCAAACAUAUUAGUGUCGUACAAGGAACUAAAACUAUAACCUUGGAGGUAAGUUUCUUUAUAAAGUCUAUUUUUGACUUUUCAGAAGUCAAAAAUAAAUCAACGUUGUGCCUUUGCAAUUUUCUGCAAGUCAGCCUCCAACUUCAUAGGGUCUUUAAUCUCAUCCCUGUUGAAUUGUUAGUCAAACAAAAUUAUAUUUCCCAAGAAAAUGGCCCUUGGAUGGGCCUGAUGGCCCUUGGGUGGGCCUGAUGGAUAUAAUAGGCUAGCAUGAUAUUAAUAGAUCACACAGUCCUUUUUUUUUCACCUUAAUUUUCACGUCUGGGGUAAUUUUCCCUGAAUGGGAUCAAAUAAGAUAUGUAAGAGGUUAAUACAGUGGUUUAAUCAUAGUAAAUUGCUCAUAAAUAUUCCCUUUUCCCCUACAUGUCUGUAUAGACUUAUCCAGAUGUUACUUUUCAAUGUCUAAUUUGUCAUUACUUUCACCAAGUUUGCUUGCUUUUAGUAACAUAUUUGAAAGACUUGAAACUUUCAGUAAAUGUUUUGGCACUGUUACUGUUUGAUGCUCUCUCUUGUCCUUAUUGGGAACUCACUGUGGCGAGUUUCUGUUCCAGUGGUCAGCUGAAUUUUUUUCUCUCCACAUGUCUGAGAAAAACGUCCAUUAUUCUUAAGAUCAGAGUCAAGAAUAAAAUGAACCAAUUGGACCUCU